GCAUCGAGAAGAUACCGUGGGCAGAGGCAGAGCUUUAGGCGGCAGCGCCAAGAUGGCGUAUCAGACCUUCCGACAGGAAUACCUGCAGGUGCCUCCUGUCACACGGGCCUACACUACCGCCUGCGUCCUCACCACUGCUGCUGUGCAAUUAGAAUUAAUCACACCUUUUCAACUGUACUUCAACCCAGAAUUGAUAUUUAAACACUUUCAAGUAUGGAGGCUGAUUACAAACUACCUUUUCUUUGGGCCAGUUGGAUUUAAUUUUUUAUUUAAUAUGAUAUUCUUAUAUCGCUACUGUCGAAUGCUUGAGGAAGGAUCAUUUCGAGGCCGGACAGCAGACUUUGUAUUUAUGUUCCUUUUUGGUGGACUGUUAAUGACUCUUUUUGGCUUGUUUGUCAAUUUGGUUUUUUUAGGGCAAGCAUUUACAAUAAUGCUAGUAUAUGUCUGGAGCCGCAGAAAUCCCUUUGUUCGCAUGAAUUUCUUUGGGCUUCUCAUCUUUCAGGCCCCAUUUCUUCCAUGGGUUCUCAUGGGAUUUUCACUUUUAUUGGGAAACUCCAUUAUAGUAGAUCUUCUAGGCAUUGCUGUAGGUCACAUAUAUUUCUUCUUGGAAGAUGUCUUUCCAAAUCAGCCUGGGGGAGGAAGGCUUCUAAAAACACCAUCCAUAUUGAAACUAAUAUUUGAUACACCAGAAGAAGAUCCCAAUUACAAUCCACUGCCUGAAGAAAGGCCAGGAGGUUUUGCCUGGGGUGAAGGUCAGCGCCUAGGAGGCUGAGAUCCAGCAAACACCUUUGAGGAGAGACUAGGCAAGCAAACCGUCCUGGAGAACUGUUCUGUUCUCUUGUGCAUAAAGGAAGUUUUGACAACUCUGAAUAUGCAAAACAUUUUUUCAAAAAUGAAAAAAAAAUUACCUGAUCAAAAGACAUUUUUCAAGGAACUGAAAACAACCUUCAAACCCUCUUGGAGACUUUUGCAUUGAUUUGUUCAGAAAUGAAUGACCCAAGCCAAGAAAAACUGGAAAUGCACAUUCUUGUGUUCUUCAGUUCAUGUGUAAAAACAAAUAUUUGUAAGGCCUUUUUCAGUUUUAUUUCAUACAGGACUGGGUAACUGCAGAAGAUGAAUAAAACUGUUCAUUUUAUUUUUCCAUUUUCAUUAGAUAAUUAAACAGGCAAGCUUACUUGACUUGCUGGCCAUGCAACAGUGCCUGUGAAACAAA